GUACUACUUGACAUCCAACAAGGUCACGGCGAAAGCCACGGUGCUCUUCGCAACGACUGCCUCCGUGGGCUUGCUGGCGACCUGCCGGGAUUGGGAACAGGAGACGAUGGUGAUGUCCAUGCAGAAUCUGGGCUUGAUCGGCAUGAUGACCAUUGACUGGCCCGAGAGCCUGAAGGGACGCUUGGACGGAGUGCCACCGA